AUGGCACCACCGCCCUGCGUCCCCUGUCCAGCCACCAACACGGUUAUAGCCGCGAAUCAGAAACUCUUCGACUACUGCCCCGACUGCCGGCCCGAGAUGGACUUGGAGGAUCCCGCGCGGGCCCAGCGCGGAGAGCUAGAUGACGUCCUUCAAAUCCACGUGCAUAUCAAGGACGACGAACGAGGCUGCUAUGACGAGGCUGAGGCAAGGCAAUUGCUCGAAGAUUUUCGGGUUUAUGUUGAUGAAAAGGCUAGAGCCGGCAUGGAAUGGGGGGAGAGACUUGAGAACUUUUUAAUAGCAAACCCAACGGCAGUGUCUCGUAUUGAAGAGCACUCCCUCCAUCAGUUACUGUCGGUUGCCGACCCCGCAAAGUACAACAUAAUGUACCUUGACGGCUUCGCCACGUGCGCGGGCAUGGUACGGGUGCUGCGCAUGUACGUCGCGCGUCAAGUUCCCAACAAGCUGUUCACCGAUACGUUCAAGUGGGUACAUGACUUGGCACUGCAGACGAAUCGUGUCAUGGAGACCUUUCACGUCGUGGCGGACGCGAUGAUGCAGGAGAAUACGGAAGCGUAUCAAAUGCGAGUGGAGUUUUGGGGGGAUGUGCUUAUAAGGACGGUGCGGAGAGGGCCAGGGCAUGGGGUGGGAGAGGAGUUUUUUGGAGGGGAGGGAGUGGUGGAUGGGGACAGCGAGGAUCAUCCGCUGGCAGAGAAGGAGGUGGCCGUGGAAGCUCCAGUCACAAGGAUAACUGGGAGAAAGCCGUCGAGGAAAGAAAACGGGACACUAAAUAUCCACGGCCUGAAGUAUAACUCUAAGAGCUUGGAAGGACUUCUAGACCACGAACCGGCCAAGGAGGUCGAACUGAACAUCUCCUACAUUCCUAAUGGAGUAAACGGGAUGGGUGUGGAUGUGGAAGAUGAGCACGGCAACAGGCUUGUUUGGGACGAUGAAGGAAAAUCCCGUCUCAUCUGCGCCCAAGAGCCAAGAGCUACCACGCUUGCUCCGACCACAAAGCCCAAGUCACUUGACGCUGAACCACCAGUGUCCAAGCCAAAGAAACCGGUCCAACCGAGCAACGACGACGUGGAUGACUCCUCACCAGCCAUUAUCUCAGUAGCCGCAGGUCCAAUCACCUCACCUGCUGCCUCCGAGCCAUCGUCCUCUCUCCGCAAACGCAAGUCGUUGUCCCCCUCCUCGCCAGACAAUAAUGAUGAUGAUGAUCCCUUUGAUCCACUAAUGCAGCGAAAGCGGAGGAAGCCAGCGCAUUUACAUCUGGAGGAUCGACGCAGCAAAUUUUAG